AUGCACUCCUUCGACACUAUUAUCUUCGAUAUCGGUGAUGUGCUCUUUUCGUGGUCAUCCAAGACAGAAACGAGUAUCUCGUCUAAGACACUUCGAAACAUCCUCUCCUCUUCGACGUGGAUGGACUACGAGCGAGGCAAAGUCACAGAGCAGGAUUGCUAUGACCGCGUCGGUGUAGAAUUCUCCCUGGACCCUGCCGAAAUUCGAAAGGCCUUCGACCAGGCUCGAGACUCCCUGCAGUCCGACAACGAGAUGAUAUCCCUCAUUCGAGAACUGAAAGCCAAUUCUCGUGGCCGCUUACGAGUUUUCGCUAUGUCCAACAUAUCCUUGCCCGACUAUGACGUUCUUCAGACGAAGCCAGCAGAUUGGUCUUUAUUCGAUCGCGUUUUCACAUCCGGAGCUGUUGGAGAACGUAAACCCCACCUCGGUUUCUACCGACACGUCCUUGCCGAGACAAAGGCUGACCCUCAUUCCUCUAUUUUCGUUGACGACAAACCGGAGAAUGUGUUAACAGCGCGUUCCCUGGGGCUGCACGGCAUCAUUUUCGAUGACAGGUCGCGAGUGACGAGAGCUCUUAGAAACCUUCUUAGCGACCCUGUGUCACGCGGACGAGAGUAUCUGUCUAGCAACGCCAAACGAUUGGAGUCGAGGACAGAUGGAGGUAUCGUCCUAGAAGAGAACUUUGCGCAGCUCCUCAUUUUAGAGGCCACCGGUGAUCGCUCACUAGUUAACUUGGUCGAGCAUCCACGGUUAUGGAACUUCUUCCAAGGAAAAGGACAACUUACCACCAAGGACUUCCCUUGUGACCUCGAUACAACAUCUCUUGGUCUUACAGUGCUGAAACACGACCGAGAGCUCAUAGAGUCAAUAAUUGACGAGACGCUCAAUUAUAUGGAUUCGGAUGGAAUCAUUCAAACAUACUAUGAUCAUUCGAGGCCACGUUUCGAUCCAAUCGUCUGUGUCAACGUGCUUAGCUUGUUUUAUUCAUAUGGUCGGAGCGCGCACCUGAAGCAGACCCUUGCCUGGGUACACGAGGUGCUGUUAAAUCGCGCAUACCUCGAUGGCACUCGAUAUUACGCCACUGCAGAAUGUUUCCUGUAUUUUGUGGGGCGUCUUCUACAGAAAUCCGGAGACGCAGAUUUGCAUGCCCUGCUGAAGCCUCUAUUAAAGGAACGGGUACAAGAGCGAAUCGGCGUCCAGGGGGAUUCGCUCGCCCUGGCCAUGCGCAUACUCGUGUGCGAUUACGUCGGGAUCAGGGACGAUGUAGACCUCCGAGUCUUGCUUCCCCUCCAAUGUGAAGAUGGAGGCUGGGAGAUUGGCUGGAUGUACAAGUAUGGGUCUUCAGGGAUCUGCAUAGGCAACCGUGGCCUUACAACUGCCUUGGCUAUCAAGGCUAUCGAAUGCCUCGUCUCCCCUCCUCCUUCGCCCACCCCCACUCUGGUGGAAAGCAGUCUCCCUACGAAAACUCGCUCGAAGAGUAAACAACGUCGGAAUAGUUCUCUGAAGGAAUCAUUUUCUUGGUUAGUGAAUGGAGGAAGGUUGCGCAGCUUAUCCGCUUCAGCCGCGACCGUACAGGUUGGAUGUUAG